GGCCAAGACUCAGAAGAGAAGAUCUCUCUGCCUUCCUGCUAUGGAGGCAUCGGUGCCCCUGUGAGUAGGCAAGAUGCUGCUCCCACUGCCCCAGUGCUUGUACCCCACACCCAUCCAGGACAGGAGUUGACCUAAAGCCACAGGUUAGGAAUCUGGCCAAGCCCCAAGCCAGGCUGUGGCUGGAAACCCUCCAAUUUCCAGCAAGCGUGACGUCAACAGGUCUGUGAUUGAGGCUCAGAGACAGUGAAGGCCCUGAAGGGCGAGCUCAGCCUCUGGCUAUCUGCUUCCUCAUCUGAACGCUCCAAAAAGGGCUGAAUUCCUUAGGAGGCCAUUUCACCUGACUCUGUAUCUUCAAAGGGCUGUAUGGAGUUGCCUACAGUAGGAUGGGGACAGAGGGAGAGUGGGCAGACAGGCACUGGGAAGGAUUAGAAGUUGUGACGAGGCUAGAACUUUCCAUCAGAAGUGACAUCUUAAGCUUCCCUGUCCUCUAGAGGAAGAGCAAUGGGCUGGCAUGCUAUAAGGAUUUGGUGAGUUGCUGCUUGGUGGGGUUCCUAGCUGUCACACAGGGGACUCAGAGCAGAGGCCCAUUAGCCAAGGCAGUGGGAGGCAACUGCCAGGUAAUCUUGGACCAAACUCCCUUCCAUUUGACACUGGCAGGACUUGCCCAGCCCAAAUCCUACAGUGGCUUAGUCACAAAGCCAGGAUCUCCGUCACCUAGCCAGGCACAGUGGUGGUCCUGCAGCCACCUCCUUCCCUUUUAGGGACUGUACAUCCUCUCACUGCUGCUCCCUGCCACAUCUAGCUGGUGUGUCCCCACUAAGGUCUCCAGUAGGACCUGUCUCUCCUGCUUCAAGUCUCUGCUCAGCAGCUCCUCUCCUGCUCCUACUGCCUUCCUUUCUGAGCAGCUCCGUGCUGGCUAGACUAUUGAUGGCGUCCCUUCCUCCCAGGGUCUCUCUUUUACUGUCCUCAGUACCUCCCUUUCUUCGCCAGUAUUCACUGUGGACAUUCCAGGCUGCCACCACGCCACACACUGGCAGGUCCUGAAUGCUUCCACUUCUGUGGCUUACUAUGCUUUGUCUCUAAGUCCCUGACAGCCCUCACUGAGUGAGCAUGCCCACUAGGGAUGGUAAUUCAGGGACUUGAAGAUGACAUCAAGGUCGAGUUAAGGUUUCUUCAUCUUUCUCCUGAGCCAUCCUGGGCUUCCUGUGUGGUCUCCUGACAGUGGCUGCAGUUCCUGCUUUCCAUGUUAGGGGAGUGUCUGGUGACAAAGAGGGCUUGUGUUCUUUAUCUCACUCUUAUCAUUUUUUUUCCAGAGACUGGGGUUUGGGACAGUCAGGGUUGCCUCAAAUUUACUUUGGGCUGUGGAUGGCCUUGAACUCUCUCUCUGGGAUAAAAGGGGCACAUCUCUAUCCGAGGCACUCAAGCUCUAUUGUGAAAGUUUUUACUGUACAGAAAAGCUGAAGUAGGAGGACAGUGCCUUCCCUCCCCUCCCCUCCCCUCCCCUCCCCUUCUGCCUCUACAGAGAUGCUCUCUCAUACAGGGGCUUCUCACAGAGGUCCUGACAGUCGUAUCUAACUCCUUUGGUACCCUGCAUGUCCUAAUCAUGAGGCACAGACAGUGUUAUUGCUGCACCUCUGAGCAUGAAUAAUCCAGUAACCCUCCUAACACCUAUCUCUUCUAUAUUACAGGCUCCUCAAGAGUUCCAAAUAGCUCUUAGAAUGACUUGUCCCUGGUUGGGGACCUGAAAGGCAGGGAGGCCUCAUGUGUCAUUGCAGAGUCUAUGCCUGUUUAGAUUGUACCCAGUUUUUAAAAACAAUGACAUUAACUUUCCUUUUGGGGGGUAGCCUUGCUGUCCUAGAACUCACUAUGUAGACUAGGCUAGCUCCCAACUCACAGAGAUCCUGCCUUCGUCUCCUGAGUGCUGGGAUUAAAGAUGUGGGCCACCAUGCCCAUCUGAGAAAGUCUCGACCUCUCGAGUUGCAGAGCCCAGAUGUGUUGAGUGAUUUACUUUGUGUGUGUUUGUUCCUGUGUGUAUACACAACAGUGAGUGUGUAUGCAUCAAAGAAAACUCACUUUUCCUUCCAUCGUGUGUGUCCCAGGGAAUCCAACUUAAGUCACCAGGUUUGAUGGUAAGGAGGGGGCAGGGUAGGUAAACGCCCUUGGUAUAAAUGCAAGAGGCCCUGAGCUCAAGUCCCCAGGACCUGUAUAAAAGGCUCUCAUGGCUGUGUACGCCUAUAGUCUCACCAUUAGCUGUCAGAGAUAAGUGGAUUGUGGGAGUUUCCUGGCCGGCUAGCCUACCCCAAACAGCAGUCUUCAGGUGCAGUGUUUGCCUAGCAUACGUAUGGUCCUAGAUUCGGUCCCCCCACCCCCCUAAAAGGGUGGAGAGUGAUAAAGGGAGGCAUCCAAUGUUCUCUUUUUCCUCUGCUUGUGUGUGCAUGGGAGUAUGUAACCCUGUACAUGUGUAUGUGCGACUUAAAUACAACCUAUAUGUUCACCACUGAUAAACAUACCUGGAACAAGUUGCUGCACCCCACCCCCACUUCCCCAAGCAGGCCCGCUCUAACUGACUGCAUGGCCCGCUGUAACUGACUACAUGGCCCGCUGUAACUGACUGCAUGGCCCGCUGUAACUGACUGCAUGGCCCGCUGUAACUGACUGCAUGGCCCGCUGUAAGCACCGCAUGUGCUGCUCUGUAGAGCUUCCAGCGCUCCUGCCACCAAGCGGUAGCUGCUGUUGGAAUUGCUGGUUCUGUUCUUGUGGCUUUCUCCCCCUCUGGCCCUUCUCAUCUCAGCCUCAGCUCCAGGACUGGCACAAGAAACUUUGUCCCCUUGUCAGGACCCCAUGACUCAGAGCUGAUGGCCUCCAUGACCAGGAAGCUGCAGGAGCUGGAGCAGCAGUUGCAGGCCCAGAACGACGAGAUGCUGUCCAAGGAGCGGAAGAUCCUGGACCUGGAGGAUUUGGUACAGACCCUCCAGCAGCACCAGAACAAUGCAGCCCUGCAGAGGCAGGAGGAGCUGGAGACACAAUGCAUUCAGCUGCAGCGGCAGAUUGGUGAGAUGGAGCGGUUUCUCAGCGACUAUGGCCUGCAGUGGGUGGGCGAGCCCAUGGACCAGGAGAACUCAGAGGAAAAGACAGUCUCUGAAAAUGAUGAGCGAGACUGGAUGAAGGCCAAGAAGUUUUGGAAGCCAGGGGAUUCUUUUGUGCCCCCCGAGGUGGACUUUGACAAACUGAUGGCCAGUCUACAGGAUCUGAGUGAGCUGGUGGAGGGAGAGGCCCAGGUGACUCCGGUGCCUGGUGGGGCUCGGUUCCGUACCCUAGAGCCCAUCCCGCUGAAGGUCUACCGGAAUGGCAUUAUGAUGUUUGAUGGGCCCUUCCGGCCCUUCUACGAUCCCUCCACGCAGCGCUGCCUCCGGGACAUACUGGAUGGCUUCUUUCCCUCAGAGCUGCAGAGGCUGUAUCCUGAUGGAGUCCCCUUUAAGGUAAGUGACCUGCGAAAUCAGAUCUACCCAGAGGAUGGUCUGGGCCAAUUCCCAGGUGAGGGUCGUGUGGUGGGCCGGCAGAAAAUGCGCAAGGUCACAGACAGGGUGGAGGAGACUUCAGGCUCCAGGAUGACUGCUGAACAAUUCCUGAACAGGCUUCCCAAGUGUAUAAUCCGACAAGGCGAGGUGAUUGACAUCCGGGGCCCCAUCAGGGACACCUUGCAGAACUGCUGCCCAAUGCCUGCCCGGAUCCAGGAGAUCAUAGUGGAGACACCUGCCUUGGCUUCUGAGCGGCAGAGGAGCCAGGAGUCACCUGACAUGCCAAUGCCUCUGCUCUCCAUGCUUCGCAUCAAGUCCGAGAACGGAGAGCAGGCCUUCCUGCUGAUGAUGUGGCCUGAGGAUACCAUUGGCGACGUGCGGAAACUCUUAGCACAGGCCAGGGACAUGGAUUCAGCUGCCUUUGAGAUCUUGAGCACCUUCCCGCCCACGGUCUACCAGGACGAUACAGUGACUCUGCAGGCCGCAGGCCUGGUUCCCAAUGCAACGCUGCUGUUGCGGACCCGCAGAGCCCUGCUGUCGAACCCCAUCUCCCGCCCAGGCUCACUGCCCUGAAUAAAGUGCCGCCCCUGACAUAAGCUU